AUGUCGGCCCUCCCAUCCAAUCCGCAACGCACGCCCUACAGCGUCCUCAACCAGACCUUCCUGAUCGACAAUGCCUACGAAAUUACAAAAGACCUCGGCCAGGGCGCAUACGGCUGUGUAGCAGCCGCUACCCACCGUUCCACCGGCGAAUCCGUCGCUAUCAAGAAAAUCACCAACGUAUUCACCAAAAAGAUCCUCACCAAACGUGCCCUUCGCGAAAUCAAACUUCUGCGUCACUUCCGCGGUCACAAAAACAUCACCUGUCUCUACGACAUGGACAUCAUCGACCCUACCAACUUCAACGAAGUCUAUCUCUACGAAGAGCUCAUGGAAGCUGACCUCCACGCCAUCAUUCGAUCUGGUCAACCGCUGUCAGAUGCUCAUUUCCAGAGCUUUAUCUACCAGACUCUGUGCGGAUUGAAGUAUAUCCAUUUCGCUUCGGUGCUUCAUCGUGAUCUUAAGCCAGGUAAUCUUUUGGUCAAUGCGGACUGCGAGUUGAAGAUCUGCGAUUUUGGGCUCGCAAGAGGGUUCGAAACGGAUCCAGAGCUCGCGAAACAGGCUGGUGCGGGAGGGUUCAUGACAGAGUAUGUGGCGACUAGAUGGUAUAGAGCACCGGAGAUUAUGUUGAGUUUCCAGAAUUAUACAACGGCGAUUGAUAUUUGGUCGGUAGGGUGUAUUUUGGCGGAACUGUUGAGUGGUAGGCCCAUCUUCAAGGGUAGGGACUACGUUGAUCAGUUGAACCAGAUCUUGCACUAUUUGGGCACGCCAAGUGAAGAGACGUUGAGGAGAGUUGGUUCGCCAAGAGCGCAAGAUUACAUUCGAUCUCUGCCUUAUCAGCCGAGAAUUCCUUUCCAGAGGUUGUAUCCCCAGGCAAACCCGCUAGCGCUGGAUCUGUUGGAGAGGAUGCUGGAGUUCGAUCCCGCCAAGAGGAUAAGUUGUGAGGAAGCACUACAGCAUCCUUAUUUGGCGGUUUGGCAUGAUCCGGCUGAUGAACCGACUUGCCCCCGACGCUUCGAUUUCGGGUUUGAGAGUGUGGAUGAGGUGGAAGGGAUGAAGCAGCUGAUUUUGGAAGAAGUCAGGAGCUUUAGAGGUGAGGUGAGGAGACAGGCCAGCUUGGCGCAGCAACCGAGGAGGCAAGAGUCACUGCCGAUCCCGACAAGGGAGGACAUUCAGAAGAGUAGUCCCACUGAUGCCGAUGGUCCGGCGGGUGGAUAUUCGGUGUUGGGAGCUAGUGCCGGGAUUAUUCAGGGUGGAACGAACUCGGAACAUGGGAGUGGAAUGUUGAGCGAGGCUUGCGUUAUGGAGGAUCCGGCGGAGAGCUUUGAGAGGGAGCUUCAGCAGGGGAGAUAA